AUGGAUGGUAUUGACUUUGAUGAAACCUUUGCCCCGGUUGCAAGGUUAAAAUCAGUGAGAUUACUUCUUGCCAUUGCUUGUCACUUAAAGUUUAAACUUUAUCAAAUGGAUGUCAAAACUGCAUUUUUGAAUUGUAUCUUGCAUGUCUAUGUUGAGCAACCAAAGGGCUUCGAAGAUCCACAUCAUCCUAAUGAUAUGUUUCAAUUGAAGAAGGCACUUUAUGGCUUGAAACAAGCUCCUAGAGCAUGGUAUGAGAGGUUAUCCUCUCAUCUUCUAGGCAAUGGCUAUGUUAGAGGGUCGGUUGACAAAACCUUGUUUGUAAAAAGAUUCAAAAGAGAUGUCUUGAUUGCUCAAGUGUAUGUUGAUGAUAUUGUGGUUGGUUCUACCUCUGACUUGCAUGUUCAAGAGUUUAUUCAUGUCAUGACUAGUGAAUUUGAAAUAAGUCUUGUAGGUGAGCUUAACUAUUUCUUAGGUCUUCAAAUCAAACAAAGCCAUGAUGGGAUCUUUUGUUGGAGUGUUCAAAGUGACCCAAAAGAGUCUCACUUGUUUGAUGUUAAGAGAAUAAUAAAAUAUGUGAGUGAGUUUGGGUUGUGGUAUACCUAUGACACUUGUGUCAAUCUGGUUGGGUAUAGUGAUGCCAAUUGGGCAGGGUAUAGUGAUGAUAGGAAAAGCACUUCUUGGGGGGUCUUUUAUGUAGGCAACAACCUAGUUGCUUGGCAUAGCAAAAAACAGAACUCUGUCUCCUUAUCCACUGCUGAAGCAGAGUAUGUUGCAGCUAGGAGUUGCUGCACUCAACUCUUUUGGAUGAGACAUAUAUUGGAAGACUAUGGUCUUGCUCAAUCAUGCUUUCUAAUCUAUUGUGACAACAUGAGUGCCAUAGAUAUUUCUAAAAAUCCGGUUCAAUACUCUAGGACUAAGCAUAUAGACAUUAGGCCCCAUUUUAUUAGAGAUCUUAUGGAAGAGAAAAUUUUAUCUUCGAAAUUUGUUCCUUCUGAGAAACGGCUAGCAGAUAUACUCACCAAGGCCUUGGACUUUCAGAAACAUGUCACACUUAGGCAGUCCAUUGGCCUUUGCUCAAUUGAUUGA